GAACGCUCGUUUUCCUCAUGAAGCAUAUAAUCACUUUUGUGAAUAUCGCGCCUCAUUUCAGGGACGUAACACAAUAACAUUUACGUUAUUGUUUAAAUAUAGAUUUAAUAAUUAUUUGUGUCCUAUGUUGUUUUUGCAGGACACAGUUCGGCGCAAUGGUGACGUCAUGUAAAUGCGCCGAAAAGGUUCAUGUUUGUCUCUCGAUAAUACAUCCAAAUGUGACAUUAGCAACGCGUCUUUAGUGUAAUCGCUGGAAGACAUUGUCAAACAUGUUGAAAGAGUUGGUGAAGGAGCGACUAAUGGCGGCAGCUGAUGAAAUAUUCGCGCUGUUUGAAAAAACAGUAGCGUCGUACGAGAAGGAACUUUCUCGAACAAGAGAGAAGGAACGACAACUGGAAGCUGUUAGCGAGACUCAAACGGUGCUAGGCAUAAAAGCAGACUUCCAGCAGCCGAUUCGUCAUCAAGAAAUACGCCCGCCGCAGCCACGGCCCCCCCACAUUAAAGAGGAAAAACAGGUACUGUGGAUCACUCAGGAGGGAGAAUGUUUUCUCGGGCCGAACGAGGCUGAUCUCACCAAGCUGCCACUGACCGGUGUCUCUGUGAAAAAUGAGGAUCAAGGCGAACCACCCGAGUCCUCAGAGCUUCAUCACAGUCUAAGGGAGGAGAACAGAUGGGCGGAGUCUCCAAGCAGCGACAAUCCCCGACACAUGACAAGUGAAGCUCCUCGAGGAUCACAAGCAGACAAUCUCUUAGCUCCACUAUCCGAUAGUGACAACACAAUGUCACACUAUCUUGAAGAUGAAGACUGGGACAAGACCCAAGAACUGUUGAGCGGCGAUUCAACCUGCAAAGCUGAUAUAAGGACUCCCAUUAACAAAAAACACCCUGAAUGCUCUAAGGACAAGAUCCGUUUCACUUGCUCUGUUUGUUCCGAAACCUUUUCUCAAAAGAGGGACUUAAAUCGACACGUAAAAAAACACACCACAGAAAACCCUUUUUCUUGCUCAUUUUGUGGCCACACGUUUCCUUUCAGGUCCACUUUUAAGAGACACAUGAGAACACACACUGGAGAAAAACCCUUUUCUUGUUCGGUUUGUGGUAAAGGAUUCCCUCAAAAGUCCAAUUUUCUAACACACAUGAGGCAACACACUGGGGAAAAGCCUUUUAGUUGUUCAGUUUGCGGCAAAAGGUUCUCUCAAAAGUCAAAUUUUAUAACACACACGAGGCAACACACUGGGGAAAAGCCGUUUAGUUGUUCAGUCUGUGGUAAAAGAUUCUCGCAAAAGUCACCGAUGGUGUUACACAUGAAAACGCACUCGGGAAAACUGUAUCCCUGUUCUUUUUGUGGUAAAAGGUAUUAUUAUAAGACCAGCUUGAAAGUACACAUGCGUAUGCACAAUGGAGAAUAGAACAGACCCUCCUGGGUUUUGCAGUGUCGUGACCUCGCCCAUUCACGCAAAUUCCACCAACCUUUGUAAAUAAAGUGCGGCAUUGCAACCAUCAUCUUCAUGUUCGCCGAUUGAAACUGUCCCUAGUAAGGCUAGACCGGGGGUGUCAAACUCAUUUUAGAUCAGGGCCCACGUGGCGAAAAAUCUACUCCCAAAUGGACCGGACUGGUAAAAUCACGGCAGUUAGCUAAUUAGAGUGUGGCACCAGGUGUCUUCAAUAUCUGACCUUUUCACCAUAUUCAAAUUUUCUGAGAUGUUGAGUUUAGGGUUUGAAUUGGUUGUCAGCUAUAAUCAUCUCCUUUUUGCCAAAAAACACUUGAAAUGUAUCAGUCUGUUUGGAAUGAAUGUAUACAUUCUACAAGUUUGACUUUCUAAAUGGAAUUAAUGAAAUAAAUCAACUUUUUCAUGAUAUUCUAAUAAUAUUACCAGCACCUGUAUACUUAUGGCCCUUUGAAGCCAGUAAUUUCCAGAACUUAGCUCAUCCGGUGAGAAGCCUCCAUUUUGACUAAAGAUUUCCAACGUUGCAAAAAUGUGUAGAAUAAAAAUUAAAAUACAACAUUUUUGUCUACGGAAGAUUUGCGUCAGCCUUUGAUAGUAGGCUAAUAUAGACACUUAUAUCAUGUGUUGCCUUCAUUAUAAAACUUAUAUAAGGCUUUUAAUUUUUUGCGGCUCCAGACAGAUUUUUAAUUUUUUUAUUUGGUCCAAUUUGGCUCUUUCAACAUUUUGGGAUGCCGACACCUGGUGUAGCCUAUCAGAGAUUCCCCCAAAAAAUUAAGCUUAGUUGCUAAAUGUCAUUAUUGUUGUACUUCAAUACUGUAUAAUGUACGUUAAAUGUUCACUUAAUUUUGGUGUCAAAUUUAUGUGCAGACUUAUGUCAUAGUGAUCGUGUGUGGCCAAAAAAUUUACAACCCAAAGGAUAACAACAUCAAACUGGGAUCAAGUUUAUUAUUUUGAAUAAAAUAUAUAGGACUGUUAUUUGUCUAUUUAGCGGUGCUCAUGUGACAUUGUUGUCAAAAUCUGAUGGCGUGAAAUAUACUUUUUUGACCUAGGAAUA